CACAUCAUGACUUUCUCCUCUCAAAGUCACUGACGUCACAGCGGAAGUAGUGGAUUUGUGCUGAAUUGAAGCAUGUGUGUGUGCAGUACGGUAAAGUGGAUUAACAACAUAUAACUGUCACAGAUUUCAAUUAAUAUACAGUUUAUAGAGGACAGGUGGUGGCGCCAUGGCACCUCUGUUACUCCCGUCUCUGCUCGGGUCCCUGACUCGGCAGCUCUCUCGGGCUGUGCAGUAUGCGUCUGUCGCCUGUCUUCCUGCUGCUGGAGCACAUCGCUGCAUUUCCACCAUCACCGCUGCUGUGGUUCAGGCUAGAGGAAGCUUUCAGGCCCAGCACAAUCCAUUCCAUGCACCGUUACUCGGGCAGAACCAGCAGUUCAUCGCCCUGCAGCCUUCGAUGGGCAUGAAAACCAAAACAGCUCUGAAGAAACGUUGUAAAGACUGCUUUUUUGUCCGUCGCCGUGGGCGACUGUAUGUCUUUUGCAAGAGCCACCCGAGGCACAAACAACGGCAAGGGUGAAUCUGUUCUGAAGCUUUUCUGAUCACUGAUUUUUCUGUAAUAAUAAAGUUAAGUGUGUCACUUGAA